AUGGCAAAUCCGAAUCACCAACCUAACUCGAUCGAGAAUUAUCCAAAGGAUGGUGAAUGGCACCAUUUGUUUAGGAAAAAAUUAACUCGUUCGAUCUCUCGGUUAGGGUUAAUUUGUGUGGGAGAAAAAUCAAAACACCACCUACAAGAGCUUAAAGAUACACCUGCUUCAACUAAUGUUGUGGUUGGUGGUAUGACUGUGUUCAUUUCAAAAACAAAGAACUCUUUUUUGAGGUAA